AUGGCAGUGGCAGAUGCUAGUUACACUUUCCUUUAUGUUGAUUCAGGCAACUAUGGACGCAUCAGUGAUGGUGGAAUUUUCAGUAACUGUUCACUAGGUAAAGCUUUGGUUAGUGAAACUUUGUUUUCAUUGCCAAAUCCAACACCAUUAUUAAAUAGUGAUCGAGUUUUGCCUUUUGUAUUUGUUGGAGAUGAGGCUUUUCCACUCAGGAAAAAUAUUUUACGCCCUUAUCCUGGCAAAUUUCUGUCGAAUGAAAGAAAAAUUUUUAAUUACAGACUUUCUCGAGCAAGGAGGUGCGUUGAAAAUGCUUUCGGCAUAUUGGCGUCUAGGUGGAGAGUACUUCGUACUGAAAUUGCCCUGAACCCAGAGCAUGCUAAUAAAGUAGUUUUGGCAUGCUGUUGCCUUCAUAAUUACUUAAUGAAAAAUGAGUUGGGAAAGGCAGCUAAGAAAUACUGUCCAGUGAACUUUGCUGAUUCUCUUCUUUCAAAUGCCACCAUUAAAGAAGGUAUGUGGAGAACAGAAGAAUUUACAUGGCAACCUCUUGGCCGUCUAGGGCCUGAUUAUUUUAAUUUUAACUGGAUAUCAUAG